AUGAUUAAUGAUAAUAAUAAUAGCAGUGUUCUUUCUCAAACUCUAACACGGUCGACAACUUCAUCUCGACGUACACGAGUUUCAGCUAGUCCAACUAGAAUACAGGCAGACCGACUUAUCAAUCAGGCAAGUCUUGUAUCAUGGAAUCAUAGAGAAUUCAAAGUGCACUAUCCAAGUUUAGCUGAAGAACCAAGAGUUGGUAAUUACUUUCUACGUCUCUUACUGGAAGAGGAUAGACAUAAGAAUGAAGUGAUUGAUGCUAAUACAUUGACAACGAGUACUGCAGCUGAUAACUUGCCAGUUGGCUUAUCACGUAUUCGUGAUAGUACUGCAUUUUUCAAUGAACUAUUCCGUCGUUACUUACAGUAUGUUGCUUCUGGUCCAUUCUAUUCAUUCAAUGAUACUUCGAUGAAUUUACGUCAAUCUAAUCAGUCUAAUAAUAAUAUACAUCGUCGUGUUAUCAUGAGAUGCUUGUGCUUACAUGCUAUGUCUGUUGUCUAUAAUCGUUGUCAUCAUGAAAUUGGUCCAGUGUCAGAUAUUCCCUUAUUAAUCUAUUUAUUAGAUAAUACAAAAUUUCCAUCUGAAAGAGAUUGUCUUCUCCUCCUAUUGGAUAAACUUAUGCUGAAUAAGGUGAAUGUCAUGUCAUUUGUUGACGCAGAUGGCGUACGUGUUCUAAUCGAUCUAGCGUGUUUAGCUCAUCUACAAACAAAUCGAGCGCCUACACCAUUUCAAUCAAAUGUAUUAAAAGCUAGUGCAGAACAAGAAAUCGCCGGCUCCGGUGCAAAUACACAACGUGAAUGGUGGUUUAUUAAUUCAAAUCGAACUAGUAUUACUAAUAAUAUUGAUACUUCAAAAAAGGUAACAGGAGGUGGAGAAGCUGGUGGACUACCGAAAUCUGGAUCUAAUCCUAUUCAAGGCCCAGUCAGCUUUAUGGAGUUACGUCAGCUGAUAAAAGAUGAACGAAUUAUUGCUACCACUAAAUUGUAUGCUCAAGGAUUAGACGCAGGAGUACGUUGUCGUCCUGAUGGAUAUUUAGCCGAUGACGACUAUAAUGAUUUAAGAGAUGAUACUUUAUCAAGUAACAGCAUCAGACAAUCAGUACAGAUGACAAAUGGAGGAGAUGGAAGCGAUGGAAAUAAUUUAGAUCCAUCAGAACAAAUUAGUGAAAAAACUGUUGUCUGUGGAAUGUAUGGUUGGGUACCAGCGCAUCGUGUUGUACAAAUUCGUUGGACUGUAUCCGAAUUAUUAGGCAUUAAUUCCACCGCCAUUUCAUCGUCAUCGUCAUCAUCUAAUGCUUAUGAUAAUAAAGAUUCUAUGAAUGUUAAAGGUCAAGAGGUUAAUGUUGGUUGUCUAAUCGAUAAAUUAGGCUAUAAUAAUGGCAUGUUUUUAGAUUAUACAAAUUUAGCGCUACGUUGUGUAGAUAUUCUACAUCGACUUUGUGCUAGUUGUUCUUCACGUGAUAUACAUGGGGGUGUUGUACGCCCAUUGCCGAAACCUCGUCGAGCUAUCUCUGAUGUCAGUUGUCUGCCACAUUUAAUUCAGUUACUGCUGACAUUCGAUCCUCCACUGGUUGAACGUGUUGUCUCUUUACUUCACGUUGUUAUGGAUCAAAAUCCUAGUCUACCAAGGUUGUAUUUAACUGGAAUAUUUUAUUUUGUAUUGUUAUACACGGGAAGUAAUGUAUUACCAAUUGCAAGAUUUUUAAAAGAUGUACAUAUGCUGCAAGCAUUACGUCUUGAUGAGUUCACAGGAUCAUCUGGAGCUGAUCUCACAUCAAGAUCAAUAUUGGGAAAUAUGCUACCAGAUGCAAUGAUUGCUUAUUUAGAAAACCAUUCACCGGAGAAAUUUGCUGAAAUAUUCCUCGGUGAUUUUGAUUCACCGGAAGCUAUAUGGAAUCCGGAAAUGCGAAGGUACAUGAUUGGUCGGAUAACAUCGCAUUUAGCAGACUUUUCACCUCGCCUGCAAAGUAAUAUACGUGCUAUCUACCGAUUUAUUGGUAUGCCAAUUAUUAUCUAUCCACAAUUGGAGAAUGAAUUAUUUUGUAAUAAUUAUUAUCUACGUCAUUUAUGCGAUACACGAAGAUUUCCUGAUUGGCCUAUACGUGAUCCGGUAGCAUUGAUACGUGAUAUUCUAAAAGCUUGGCGUGAUGAACUUCAGAAAAAGCCUGUAAAUAUGUCCUAUGAGGAGGCAUUACGUGAACUUGGCUUAGAUGUGAACCAGUUAAACUCAUCAAAUGAAGAGUCGUUUAUUCGUAGAGCUUAUUAUCAAAUGUCUAUGAAGUAUCAUCCAGAUAAAAAUCCAAAUGGUCGAGAGAAAUUUCAAUCCAUUACUAAAGCCUAUCAGUUUUUAUGCAAUCGAAGUAAACUGUCGCGUGGACCAAAUCGUCUGCAUAUUCAAUUGAUGCUUCGUGCUCAAAGUAUUGUGUACAGACGUUAUCGGCCUUUACUUCUAUCACAAAAAUAUGCCGGUUACCCAAUGCUAGUCGCGACAAUACUCGCCGAAACCGCUGAAGACAAGUUAUUCACCUAUGGGACACAAACAGAUCAAAGUGAAAGUCCGGAAGACACCACUGGUCAGCCAACCACCCCCAGUGAUAGCGGCGGUGUUGGCAAGGGUAGUAGUAGUAGUAGUAGCCAACCAACUGAGACUGUAGAGAAUGCUGUCCUACUCGUGGCUGCUACAGAGCUCACUUAUGAAACAGUCGUCACUAGUGUAUUGAAUGCAGAAGAACUCCGACGUGAAAAUGGUAUACCUGUAUUGCAGAAAGCAUUUUCCCAAUGUUCAAACCUUUUAUCUCGAACAUCAAGUCAACCAUCGCAUAUAGUUGUACAAGUCUGUGGUCAUAUUGUCUCUGUAUUGGCUGCUGCAUCAUUGUUCCCGUCUUCACGUCAACAUAUUCAAGAGACACCACAGUUGGUAAAAGAUACAAUGAGAUUAUUGUACUAUAAAAAUUUACCUCAACUCUGUUGUAAAACAGCCGUAUGCGUAGCAUCAUUCUGCAUAGAUUAUUGGUUAUGCGUUACAUGUUAUGAAUAUGGUGGAUUAUUUCUACUGCUUCAACAUGUUUUCGCCUACGAUUUCACUUUGGAAGAGGCAGGUGUCGAGAUUAACGAGGAGACUAAUUCACAAGUGGUUGCUAAUCGUUUAGCUCUACUGUGUUUAUGGGCUAUUGGUCGUAUGGUGAAUAGUUAUACAACUGGUCGUGAGGUAACAGAAGACGGUUUUCUAGCUCGUGAAGGACCAGAUGUUAUGGAGGCAUUGAGUCGACUGCUGACACCACAUUUAGCGCGUAAAAUUCUUGAGCUAAAUGUCUACGAUUCAAGUCAAGUUGGCCGAUCGGGUAGUACAAGUGAUUCACAGAUAAUACACGAUUUCCCAGCUGAUACACCUAGAGGAAAGUAUUUACGUUCGCUGGCUAAGCUGUUGACAACAAAUUCGGUGACACCAUAUUUAAUAUGGGAUAAUCGAUGUAGAGCUGAAUUGGAAACGUUGAUCGAUUUUCAGGUGGUUCGUUUGAUUAAAACUGGAGAAUGCAAUCUGAAUUCUGUUCUAACCUUUACACAUGAAGCAUAUGCCCAAGAGCUACUGAUUGGUGAAGUAUUUGUCAGGCUGUACAAUAAACAACCAUCUUAUGCACUUGAUGAUCCUAAAGGUUUCAUAAUUGAUCUGUUUCAAUUUCUAACAAUUGAAUUACAAAAUCUCAAUUCCGAGAAACUCUACUCCAGUGAUCAGCUAUCUCGAACAAAUCGUGUUAAUUCAGAGUUGGAAUUCACUUCAAAAGGAGGAGGAGGAGAAGAAGAAGUCAUCUCUAUUGAUGAUCCAGUUAGCUUAGAUAAUGAUGAUGGUGAAAUUGAUUGGGCUGCAGAAGCUUCACAUAUUACCAGUCAAUGUGUAAUGAAUGUCACGUCUGCAUUGGAAGCAUUAACAAAUGUAAUACGUCAUAAUACUGGUCUAGAUAUCCAAUGCAUAGGUCAUUUCUCUUUACUAUUCUCAAUACUUGACCUUCAUGAACAUCCUGAAAUUCAAUUGCGUGCAUUAGAUGUUAUUCAGUCUGUUUCAACCAAUCCACAGUGCCUUGAAGAUAUGGCAGCAUCACAAUUACUAACAUCAUUGGUUGUAUUAUUUUUUAUACUCCCACGAGCACAUUUUAUUCUUGUACAAACAGUGGAUCAUUUAAUAGCAUCAUCUACUCUACUGAAAGAAUUUAUCUAUGCUGGUGGUUUAAUCUAUUUACUCCAACUGGUGUGUAGUUCACCACAACAACAAGAUCGUCAAGCUACAGUACGCCUAUUAUCGCACUGUUUAAUUAAUAAACAAUUUGGACGACGGAUACAAGCCAUUAUGAAUCAGUAUUUGCCGAGUGUAUUUGUUGAUACAUUGCGGGAUCAACCAGAGAAUUUUUUAUCAUUAUUUGAUGCUGAUCAUGAAAAUCCAGAGAUUAUAUGGGAUGCAAGUCUACGGGAUAUGCUAAGCAAAGUUUUAAAUGAACAGAGUCAAAGCUUUUAUGCUAAACAAACUGAAGAUCGUAAUAUAAAAUGGAAUCUACCAGAUUCCUUUAAAGUUCCUUAUACUGAUGUAAUCGCGAGAAAAGCGAAUGAACAAAAUAAGCAUAAACCGAAUGAAAUAGCUCAAUAUGUCGCUUGUCUUGGACCAAUUCAAGUAGCUGGUGUCUACUUACACUUGUAUAUAUCACAUCCUGGUUGGACAUUACGUCAUCCGGAAUUGUUUUUAAAUGAAUUAAUGGAAAAAUGGUAUCAGGCAGUACAUCAGCUACCGGAGUCGAAUAUUUUAGUACGAUUGUUGACUAGAGCGUGUAAAACUGUUCUAACUGAUCGUCCAGGUCUGAUUGACUCCUUGCCACGAUCAGGUAAUGUACAUAGAAUUUUGGAAUUAUUAGCUAAAAUUGCUGAUCCUGAGGGGGCUAGAGCUAUUGUCAUCCUCUUACAUCAAAUGUCAUCAAGUAAAUUAUGUGUACAAUCAAUGGCUGAAAGUGAUAUGAUUGGUGGAUUAAUACGUGUUGUUAAUCAAUGCAUUGGUGAAGAAUUAGGAUUAAUCGGUGAAACAUUAUUCUGUCUAUUUGAUACACAAUACUCUGAUCCAUUAAUUGAACAGGCUUUAAAACAUGAUCUUAUCGGAUUUGUAUUACGUAUGCUACAAAAUGGUUUCCCAUCGUCAGUACGAGAACCGGGUCAGACACGAGCUUAUCUUAUUAAAGCAUUGAAAGCUAUGCAGUAUAGUGCUGUACAUGGGGCUAAAGUCACUUCAAUUUUGGACAGUUAUCCUAAUUGGGCAGAUUAUCGUGAUCAAGGGCAUGCGCUGUUUAUCUCAAAUAUUCCACAGUCAGCAACUACCUAUUUAACAGCUGGACCAGCAUCCGGCAGUCUGCAUAGUGGAUAUUUAACUUCGCAUGAAGUAGCACCGCCACCUCCAUCAAUAUCGAAACCGUAUUCAUGAUUAUCAUCUUCGCAUAUUGCUGUAUAUGCAUGCGGUCUGUUAUGCCAAGUAUACACCCAUAUACUCUCUGACAUAAACUACACACACACCUACUCAGGACUUUCAUCGGUCUGUGUCUAACUUCUUCUUUUUUUAUUAAUUAAUUCAUUAAUUACUCCUUUUAUCACACCAAUGUGUUCCUUCCCUACUUUCUAAUAUCUCCUAAUACUCCCCUACUUACUCCUACAUAAAAUACACCGGAUAUAUACUACUACUACUAAUAAUAAUGACACGAUGAUGAUUAAAUGGUGUAAAAUAUCAGUUGUUCGUUCUGUUUUAUUGAUUAUUUUGUGAAGCACCGAGUACUUACCUUUCAUCAUAAUAUUCACGCUAAUCAGAAUAAUGAUAACAGUAACAAUAAACAAAUAAAUUGGAGAUUUAUUUGCUCAAUCACAACAUACUACUCAUUUCUACUGCUAUCAUCAGUAGUAUACUAUUUCCUUCCUUUCUGUUGAUAACUUUUUCCCACAAAUAAUAACAACAAUAAUAAUCACUGUUUACCAUUCAAAGUUAGUUAGUUUAUUUAUUUCUCAAAUGAGUUUUGACUUCUACAGAAAUGAAUAUUCAUUCUCUAAUUUGUUUUGGUUGUUUUCGUGGUUGUGAUUGUGUGUGUGUGUGGUAGGUAGGUAGGUGUGUUCGUCACACACACUCACGCACGCAAGCACACACCACACACACAUAGUGUACAAAAAUUAGGCAGGACACCUGAUUGACUAACAGACAAUAAAUCCAAUCAUCAUAAUUGUGUGUGUAUUGUAUUCAUGCUAUCUAUUACUUUGACUCCGUUUGUUCUUUCUUUUAUUUUCCCUUUCUUUUCUUUUUUUUUGUUUAUUCUAUUAUGCUUUGAGCAGAAAAUUCUAACAAACAAAACAUACGAUAGAUAGCUGCUGUUAUUCACAAUGAUUUUGAUAUUUCUAUAUCUAUAUAUAUACAUGUAUGUAUGAUUGUAUGAAAUGAAUAAAACUGAUUUACGC